CCACAUACAGUUCAGUCUAGCCGAAGAUGCGAGCAUUACAACCGCUUAUUAUUUUCGGGGUUGCCCUGCAAGUUUUUGGUAAUGAUUUUGUGGUAGUCAAUACUUUUAAAGGCCAGAUAAAAGGUCGUGAUGAAGGAUCUUAUAAAACCUUCUUUGGGAUUCCGUACGCUAGAGUGGAUGAGGAGAAACCGUUUGGGGUGUCUUCACCCUACCCAAAUUUCACCGAGCCAUUCGAAGCUACCGAUCCUACCAUAAUUUGCCCUCAACUAUACCUCACUCAUGGCGUCAUCCAAUGUCUACGGCUUAAUAUUUAUGUCCCCAAAACCACAGCCAAGAAGCUCCCAGUCAUGGUCUGGAUUUAUGGAGGGGGCUUCAUCUUUGGUAGUGCCGGCGGCUAUGGAGGCCAGCAUUUAGUGCAGCACGAUAUUAUCGUGGUAACAAUAAAUUACAGACUUGGUCCAUACGGAUUCCUUUGCUUGGAUGACCCAGAGGUUCCUGGCAACCAGGGUUUGAAAGACCAAGUGGACGCUCUGAAGUGGGUUCAGCAAAAUAUUGAAGCCUUCGGCGGGGACCCUGCGAAAGUUACCAUCGCUGGCGAGAGCUACGGUGGAGGCUCUGUAGAUCUGCACAUGUUUUCGAACACAGAAAAGUUGUUUGACAAAGCAGUUGUGCAAAGUGGCACUGCUCAAGCGGACUCCAUCUUUGUGAAGCCAGAUUACAAGGCUGCGAUUAAACUGGCUGCUUUAUUUAAUCACACAGCCAGUAGUACUAAAGGUGCUCUAAAAUUCCUUGCACAAAAAGACCCUCAAGAGUUGAUGACAGCCUUCAGUUCCUCUGGCAUAUUGCUUAGAGCCUGCAAAGAAAAGAAGUUCAAAGGAAUACAGAGCUUCCUUACUGACGACCCUUUUCAUUUGUACAAACCGAAAAGAGUAAAAGACACACCUGUGCUCUUUGGAUAUAAUAGCAAAGAAACAUUCGAUACAAUUGCAAACAAAACUGAUGACUUUUUUGAAACUAAUAAGGAUGUGUUUAUAAAUGAGCUAAACAGAACUUUCAACUUUCAUAAGAAAGAGUUGUUGCAAAUAGCGAGUAUUAUGAAGAAGUUUUAUAUGGGAAGCAAACCAGUUGGACAAGAUACUAAACUGGCUUUGGGUGAUUUUUGGGCUGAUUUUCGUUUAACAUAUGCAACUGAAGCAUCUGUGACAAGGCUAGUGGACCAGGGCGCUAAAGUGUAUAAGUACAUUUUCUCUUACAUUGGAAAUAGUAAGUAUAAGAAUGUAUCUGGAGCUGGAGCAUACCAUACUGAGGAACUGCAGUAUUUGUUCGAGUUGGGGGAAGAAUUCGGUUUUAAUCCUUUAGUCGAGCCUGAACAAAUACAGAUGAGGGACAGGAUGACCACAAUGUGGGCGAAUUUUGUUAAACACGGGAACCCUACUCCAGAGACAUCGGAUCUCCUGCCAGUGCGAUGGGAGAGGGUGCCCAAGGACUCCAGACCCUACUUGAACAUAGAUGUGACGAUGGAAAUGCUCGAAGACGUGUACCAUGACAGGGUAGCAUUCUGGGACCUACUGUGGCACAACUAUUGGAGAAAAUCCAAAAUUUUAUCGUAAAGAUACAAAUUGAUGAGAAUAUUAUGUUGCAAAAUAACUAUCUAAAUC